AAUUUCAAUGCACUAGGAGCUCCUCUUGCCACUGGUCACCUCCAUCCAUUGCUUAAAGUUAGGACCGAAAUACGACAAAUAUUCCUUGAGAUGGGGUUUUGUGAAAUGCCUACAAAUAAUUUCAUUGAGAGCUCCUUUUGGAAUUUUGAUGCUCUUUUCCAGCCUCAGCAGCACCCUGCCCGUGAUGCUCAUGACACAUUCUUUUUAAAAGAUACCCAGUUUUCGUAUGAUUUCCCUACCGAAUAUUUAGAGAGAGUGAAGACCAUGUACCAGACAGGAGGACAUGGAUCAAUAGGUUAUCAGUAUGACUGGACUCAGAAGAUCAUUCUCCGGACUCACACUACUGCUGUUAGCACAAGAAUGCUCUACAAACUUGGACAACAAAAAGAGUUCACUCCUGUCAAAUAUUUUUCAAUUGAUCGUGUUUUUCAUAAUGAGACACUUGACGCAACUCACCUGGCCGAGUUCCAUCAGAUAGAGGGUGUGGUCGCUGAUUAUAAUUUAACCCUCGGGGACCUCAUGGGAGUCCUGUAUGCUUUCUUUAGUAAAAUGGGUAAGUAUUGAUAAUACAGUUACAUGUAAAUACUACAUGUGCAUG